UUUGUUAUUUUAAUAUGCUAUUGUGUUACUUUCAUAUCACUAUUGGACUACACCAGACAACGAUUACAUUUAAAUUUACAUUUUAUCCUUGAAAUAAAUACAGCUUUGAUUAUACUCACUUUGUACUGUCAAUUAAUAUCAAUAUCAAUAUAUGCCCUAAUUUAUGACCCUAAAAAGGUGAAAAAACAACAUCUAAGGCUUCAUGAGGUAAUUAGUCCACAAGUGAUUAUGUCUGCUCUUAUUCAAAUCCCACAUUGCAACACCCUCCCCACCUUGUGCUCCUGGAUUUAUCCCUUAUAAGGAAUCUUAGAGGCAUAUAUAACCACUCCUGAUGCAUCUUUGCAAAUAAAGAGCAGAUGAAGAGCAGUCACUCAGCUGUACCACAGCAGCAGAUUACAUCCCUCUGGAUCACUAGUGGGCAAAGAUGAACGGCACUGAGGGAAACAACUUCUACAUCCCCAUGUCCAACAGGACAGGGCUAGUGAGGAGUCCUUUCGAGUAUCCGCAGUAUUAUCUAGCUGAGCCGUGGCAGUUUAAAAUCCUUGCUGUAUACAUGUUCUUCCUCAUCUGCUUGGGUCUACCCAUCAAUGGCCUCACAUUGGUGGUUACAGCUCAACACAAAAAGCUUAGGCAACCUCUCAACUUCAUUUUGGUCAACCUGGCUGUAGCUGGUACCAUCAUGGUUUGUUUUGGAUUCACAGUCACUUUCUACACAGCAAUUCACGGCUACUUUGCUCUGGGUCCAAUUGGCUGUGCGAUUGAGGGCUUCAUGGCCACACUUGGAGGUGAAGUUGCCCUUUGGUCACUUGUGGUGCUGGCCAUCGAGAGAUACAUUGUGGUUUGUAAGCCAAUGGGUAGUUUUAAAUUCUCAUCCACCCACGCAAUGGCAGGAAUCGCAUUUACAUGGAUAAUGGCCAUGGCAUGUGCGGCUCCCCCUCUGGUUGGCUGGUCCAGAUAUAUUCCUGAGGGAAUGCAGUGUUCAUGUGGACCAGACUACUACACCCUGAAUCCUGAAUACAACAAUGAAUCAUAUGUCAUCUACAUGUUCUCCUGCCAUUUUAUACUUCCGGUCACCGUAAUCUUCUUCACCUAUGGCCGACUUGUUUGCACCGUCAAGGCGGCUGCAGCUCAACAGCAGGACUCAGCAUCUACCCAGAAGGCUGAGAGGGAAGUGACAAAAAUGGUCAUCCUGAUGGUUUUGGGUUUCCUGGUGGCUUGGACCCCUUAUGCCAGUGUUGCUGCCUGGAUCUUCUUUAAUAAGGGAGCUGCUUUCAGUGCCCAGUCCAUGGCUGUUCCUGCCUUUUUCUCAAAGACCUCGGCCUUAUAUAACCCUGUCAUCUAUGUGCUGCUAAACAAACAGUUCCGGAGCUGCAUGCUGACCACUAUUUUCUGUGGAAAGAAUCCUCUUGGUGAUGACGAGUCCUCAACUGUGUCCACCAGCAAGACGGAGGUGUCCUCUGUAUCUCCAGCAUAG